AUGACCUCAUGCCAGUACGGUGCACUUCGUCUCGUCGCUGGUUUUAUUGCGGUUGCCGCCAUUCACGCUGGAGCACAGGACAGCUCAAUUCCAGGAGAUGUGCCCGCACUUCGGACUGGAGAGGAGAUUGCUUACUCAACUGGUAGCGCAAACUACACCACCCGUAUCAACGAAGGAGCUGGCGAGACUGCUGCGUACAUUGCCCGAGGAUAUGCGUCAACGAUGGACGAGAACGAGCAACGUCUGACCGUCAUCGACGACUCCCUUCUUAUGGAGAGCGUCUGCAAUGGCGACCCGGUGGUGUUUCUCAAGUCCACGAUGGUCCCUGCAAAUGGAGCGUGCUUGCUCGCUCAAAGCCGGUAUAAUCUCUCGUGUUCGUGUCUGUCGGGCUUUGCCAACCAAACUGAAUGGACUUUUCGCAUCCGUGCCCCGGACUCGGACCCGGUGUCACCGUUCCCCACGACACUGAACAUGAGCAGUAUCGUUACAGUCAACUCGUUGAUGUUACUCGACGUUCCUGCCGAGUUAGUGUCCAUUGCAAUAGAGGGAGCAAGUACCAGUCUAGUUCCCGUGCACCUUGCAAAAGCGACGACCGCAGACAGCACUUUGUCGCUCGUUCGCUCGCAGGAGGUGUCCGCUCUGACGAAAGUUGACAUUCAGAACCUGGACUUAUCCGAUGUGGCUAUCGGGGUUGGCUUCGUGCCUACAACGCUGACAAAUUUAUCAAUGCGCCACUGCAAUCUCACCAGUCUCAGUCAUCUAUUUCUGGAGAGCUUCGCUGCCCUCGAGUCAUUGAAUCUAGCGGCCAACAAACUAUUUAGUAUUUAUACCCGACUGCCAGGAUCUGUCGAGGCACUACAUGCCAUGACCGAAAUGAACCUAGCAAACAACAGCUUCACCGAAUUUCCUGUCCACCUGCUUCGGUUCCCGAAUCUAAGAAAACUUGAUCUAAGUGGCAACGCCAUCACAAACCUGACAGUCACGAGCGAUGAGCUUGCAGUGAUUGCACACCUUUCAGUGUUUCACAUCGAUAAUCAAGUGAAGUCUGGUAGCAGCGAAAGCACAUGUGAACGCGGUCUUUGGCAAGAAACGCACAACGCACGAUUUUGCGUUGUGAAUAAUACAAGCAACCUUCCAGUCACGGAGAUUGCCGUAGCGCAAGGCAGCGAAGACAAAAGCAUGAACUGGAAAAUCUUCAUGGUGAUCGCGGCAUUCGGCGGGUGUCUUGUGGGUCUCCUGCUCUUUUUUCUAGCCACGACGUUUUCCCGAUGCCAAAGAAAGCGUCAUACCAAACUCGUUUCAGCUUCACCUGGUGCUGACGACGUUCAAACGCCACACAUGAUGGAGGCCAGUGCAUCCCAGGCGGUUUAUAACUCGCUGCAUCCAACAUUACAUGCAGGUAUCCUGAACGAUCCACUGAUCAUGUCUUUUCGACUCAAUUACACGGAAGUGAAGGUUGGUCGUUGCAUCAGCAAAGGAGGCUUUGGGCUCGUGUACAUCGGUAUGUACAAACAACGUCGCGUGGCUGUCAAGAAGAUCAUGCGCGAGAAGUGCGAGAAGCUUUCUCAAAUUCGCAUGUUCAUUCGCGAAAUCGCGCUCAUGGGGUCCUUGAAGCACGAGCGCAUUGUAGAAUUUAUCGGUGUCGCGUGGGACUCGCUGCGCAACUUGAGCGCGGUCACGGAGUACAUGGAGCGUGGAGAUUUGCGAGAUGUACUUCACAGUUUGAAGCGCCACGGAAGCAAUGCUGACGACGGACUGACUUGGGGCGGUCUCAAGCUAACCAUUGCACUCCACAUCGCCGAGGGUCUUGCAUAUAUGCACUCGCUGAGUCCGAAGGUGAUUCAUCGCGACCUCAAGUCCAAGAAUGUGCUGCUUAAUGAUGCGUACGAGGCUAAGCUCAGCGAUUUUGGUGUCUCACGUGAGCGGCAAGUCGUAGGCGCCAAAGGUGGUCUUGGCAAGUUCAUGACUCCAGGCGUUGGCACGUCGUUCUGGAUUGCGCCGGAGGUAUUGCUUGGCAAAGACUACGACGAGCACGCGGACAUUUUCUCCUUUGGUGUAGUACUCUCGGAACUCGACACGGACGACUACCCGUACUGGAAUUCCGGCACCAUUCCAGGGCAGGGGAUCCCCGAUGAACGGCGUGUGCAGGAACAGAAGAUUUUGGAAAAAGUAGCGUUGGGCUCGUUGCGUCCGACGUUUUACAACGACUGUCCUGCUGGCGUCCUCUCGUUAGCCGCCAGUUGCCUUGAAGGGAGACCUGAAAAUCGACCCAGCGCCUCCGAAGUUGUACUGACGAUCAAAGAGCUCAUUCGCGUCAUGCUCUUUGACGGUCCUCAGUCGGAGCCUGAACCGGAUGAAAUUGUCACGGCCGGAUUCCUCUCGGACGAACAUGAAUAA